AUGGUCUUGGAAAGGGUAAAGCAAAUGGCAGCCCAGCUGACUGGUCAGCUGCCACCACCUCACCCAUUGGACCCUCUCUCAUCAAGUGAGAUCAAGGAGGCAGUCGAGAUCGUUCGCAAGGAGUACAACGAUGUAUUCUUCAAUGCUGUCACUUUGUGGGAGCCUAGGAAGAAGCAGAUGAUGGCCUGGUUAGCUUCGCCUGAUGCUGCCGAGAGACCUCAUCGAGUAGCAGAUAUCGUUGCAAUUGGUCGAGGAAGCAAAGUCUUUGAUGGCACUGUCGACCUGGAGGAGAAGAAGAUACUGAGCUGGGAGCUUACAGAGGGUGUGCAGCCGUUGAUCACCAUGGAGGACCUAAAUACCGUCGAGAAAGUGGUUCGUACGGAUCCCAAGGUCAUUGAACAGUGCGGAAUCAUCGGUAUCCCACCCCAGGACAUGCACAAAGUAUACUGCGACCCGUGGACCAUCGGUUACGACGAGCGAUUUGGAAGCAACGUUCGUCUGCAACAGGCUCUGAUGUACUACCGCCCUCAUCCCGAUGACAGCCAAUACACAUAUCCUCUGGACUUUUGCCCUAUCUUCAACGCAGACACACAGGAGAUCAUUCACAUCGACGUUCCGAAAGUGAGAAGGCAGCUCAACCAAGCACCACCUAGCAACUUCCACGGUGAGCAUAUCGAGAAGGAGAUUGGCCUCAGGACCGACAUCAAGCCGAUCGAAAUCACACAACCCCAAGGUGUAUCUUUCGAUCUCGAUGGACGUACACUCAAGUGGCAGAACUGGUCUGUUCACGUCGGAUUCAACUAUCGCGAGGGUAUCGUCUUGAGUAACAUCAGUUUCAACGACAGAGGCAAUGUCAGACCUAUCUUCUACAGAAUGUCGCUUGCCGAGAUGGUGGUACCUUACGGAAAUCCUGAACACCCACAUCAACGCAAGCAUGCAUUUGAUCUCGGCGAGUACGGUGCUGGGUACAUGACCAAUAGCUUGACCCUUGGAUGUGACUGCAAGGGUGCCAUCCAUUAUUUGGAUGCCGAUUUCGUCAACAGAGCAGGUGAUGCGCAAACCAUCAAGAACGCCAUCUGUAUCCACGAAGAGGAUGCUGGUAUCUUGUUCAAGCACACCGACUUCAGAGAUGAAUCAUGUACUGUGACUCGUGGUCGCAAGCUUAUCAUUUCGCAAAUUUUCACCGCAGCCAACUAUGAGUACUGCGUAUACUGGAUCCUCAUGCAAGACGGUACUAUUCAGCUCGAGAUCAAGCUGACUGGUAUCCUGAACACAUACGCGCUCAACCCUGGUGAAUCAGCCGCUCCAUGGGGAACAGAAGUAUAUCCAGGUGUCAAUGCCCACAACCAUCAGCAUUUGUUCUGUUUGCGUCUAGAUCCCAACAUCGAUGGACCAAGCAACACUGUGUUCCAAGCCGAUGCAGUACGAGGCGAUGGUGAAGUCGGAAGCGCAGAAAACUACUAUGGCAAUGCCUUCUACGCCAAAAAGACUCCACUCAAGACCCCUGCCACCGGCAUGAGCGACUACGACGGUAACACCAGUCGCACCUGGGAUAUGGCCAACACCAGCAAGAUCAAUCCUUACUCGAAGAAGCCAGUCUCGUACAAGCUCGUGAGCCGAGAGGUCCCACCUCUCCUUCCCAAGGAAAACAGUCUCGUAUGGAAAAGAGCAGGAUUUGCCAGGCAUGCUGUCCACGUUACCAAGUACUCGGACGAUCAGAUUCAUCCUGCUGGUCGCCAUGUACCCCAGACUUCUGGUGAGCCUUCGCAAGGUAUUCCGGCAUGGAUUUCGGAGGAUCCAGAGGCAAAUUUAGAGCAGGAGGAUGUCGUUCUCUGGCACUGCUUUGGACUCACGCAUUUCCCUGCUCCUGAGGACUAUCCCAUCAUGCCUGCCGAGCCCAUGACUGUGCUGCUCCGACCUCGCAACUUCUUCACGCAAAACCCCUGUAUGGAUGUGCCUCCGAGCUACUCGAGCACACCCACACAAAUGGCAGCUGGCAAGGGCGGUGUCAAGAGUGUUGUUGAUGGUAUCAGUAGACUGGCCUUUUCCGAUAAGACCAAGGGUGGUAGCAAUGACUGCUGCGGCAAAUGA